AGGCGACAGGUACUAAGCUUAAGGAAGCAAGGACAUCGGAUGAUCUUCGGGCUUGCGUCCGUUUGCACAUUCAACUCACGCAGACGGCCUCGCUCCUCGAUCACCUCGUCUCAGACGUUAUGGUAGUCAUCCUCUCAACGGUACUGCUGCUGCCCAUCCAGGCAACUUACGAAUUUGUCCUGGGUUACGUUGACGCCUUUUCCGUAUCCUCCCUGCCUAUCAUCUUUGUUGUGUUCGUUCCAAUGUGCUACAGCGGACAGGGUCUGUUGGACGCGAGCGAGGUGGUAGGACUUCAGGUGUACGCCAGAGAGUGGCUCUGCGAGACUCCAGCGUCUCGUCGCGUCUGCACGAUCGUCAUGCUGCGAGCCUCGCGUCCAGCCCGCAUUACCUGCCGGGGAUUUGGCGCCAUGGGUUUACCUCUUUGCAAAUCUGUGCUGAAGUCGUGGUUCUCCUACCUGAACACCCUUGUCAAAUUCAGCACGAAAACUGCUAGUGAACUUGUGUAAGCGGCAGAAAAUGUAUUUGCGUACUUCAAUCUUCUAAACAAAAGCUCAUAAGCACAUGAUUGGCAUAAAAAACGCUGGUACUGCACUGAAGAAAUAGAAUCUAAAUGGGUAUUUGGCCAAAUACGCGUAAUAAUUGGUUUAAGGGUGUAAAGCGGAAGGUGUUACACACUUUUGCGAAUUGAAACGUUUUCAGAGCGGAAAGGAGGCAAUAUGACCUAACUUUCAUUGAACUCCCAAUGCAAACCUUUAAUACAUAAGUACGUAAGCAGUAA